AUGAAUAGGGUGGGGUAGGACAGAAUAAGGAUGCGUACGGUAGGACAGAGUAGACAAGAAUAAGGUAGAAUAGAGUUAGAUAGGGUAGGGUAAGGUAAGUUUAGACAUCAAAAACGGGCCAGGCCCAUUUUUAAGCCAGGUUCGAUCUAAAUAUUGUUCUCGGCGGGCGGAGAUAAACGUUAAUUUAUUAUAUGUUUUAGAGUAACCUUGCAUUUUGUGGAUAAUACAUUUACAAGGCGAAACUAAAUGUUGGACCCCUGGAGUUCGAUAGUAAUCAAUUAAAUCAAGAGCACGUCCAGAAGCGGGUUCAAACAGUCAAAUUGAAGGAUUUGAUUUUUUAGACGAUAAACUGCGUGUAACGUCGCCAAUUUGUGAACAAGUUGUUAAAACAGACGAAAGGUUGAUUGUAAGUGGCACAUUAUUAAUUAUUACUAUUAAAAAAUGUAAAAGUUAUAUUGAUUUUUAAUAAUUAUUGAUCGUAGGACGAAGUGAACGAGAUCAAGGCAAUAAAGCUAAGGAACGUUAUUCCUGAAGAGUUUUGUAAGGACAACAAUGAUCGAUUCCCAAUUUUGUAUCAAGUGGCCAAAAAGGUGAUGUGUAUUCCACCAUCUUCUGUUCCUUCCGAACGUUUCUUCAGUCAUGCGACGAUGUUAUUCAACGACAAGCUGCGUAAUAGGCUGACGGAUGAGCGUGCAGAACAAAUAUUACUGUUGAGAUGUGAACUCAAUCGAAGGAACAAAGAAUUGAAUGAUUCUAGUUCAGAUGACGAAACUGAUGGGACUUAA